AACACAGCUGAUCUUCACUUUCAGUGAUGUCAUCCUCCAGAGAUUCUAUAAAUAGAAGCCUUAUAUGUUCAAUCUGUCAGGAUGUGUUCAAUGAUCCAGUCAGCACCCCAUGUGGACACAACUUCUGUAAGAUCUGUCUCAGUACAUACUGGAACACCGGACAAGACUACAGAUGUCCAAACUGUAACAGAACUUUUAACCAGAGACCUGAUCUCAAUAUUAAUACAACACUCAGAGACCUUGUGGAUCACUUCAAACAAGCUGAAGUUGUGUGUGACAUCUGUACUGAAGGAAAGCUGAAGGCUGUGAAGUCGUGUCUGGUGUGUCAGAGCUCUUACUGUGAAACUCACCUGGAGUCUCAUUUGAGAGUGUCAGGAUUACAGAAACACAAACUGAUUGAUCCUGUGAAGAAUCUGCAGGAUUAUAUAUGUCAGAAACACGAGAGACCUCUGGAGCUCUUCUGUAGAGAUGAUCAGACAGAGUUGUGUCUGUUUUGCACUGAAGGAGAUAAGAACCACAACACUGUUCCUUUAAGAGAGAUUGACUCACUCAUGUGCCGUCCUUCAAACAGUAUGAGGAAUAAGGACAAACUGAGUACAGCUGAGUUGAAGUGGAUGCAGCAGUAUGCAGUGGAUGUGACUCUGGAUCCUGAUACAGCAUGUUCUGAACUCAUUCUGUCUGAUGAUAAGAAACAAGUGAGACAUAAAGACAUUUAUCAUUUUGUCCCAAACAAUCCAAAGAGAUUUGACCGGUAUCUCAUUGUUCUGGGAAAGGAGGGAUUCUCAUCUGGGAGAUUCUAUUAUGAGGUUCAGUUGAAGGGAAAGACUGAAUGGGAUUUAGGAGUGGUCAGAGAAUCUGUUGACAGGAAGGGACCAAACUCACUGAAACCGGUAAAUGGAUUCUGGGCUGUGAUUCUGAGGGGUAAGAAUGAAUAUAUAGCUUGUAUUGAUCCUGAUACUCCUCUGUCUGUGAGUGUAAACCCACAGAAGGUGGGUGUGUUUGUGGAUUAUGAGGAGGGUUUGAUCUCCUUUUAUGAAACUGAGUCCAGAUGUCUUAUCUACUCUUUCACUGAUCAAUCUUUCACUGGGAAACUUUAUCCAUUUUUGAACCCUCGCAGAAAAAAUAAUGGUAACUCUGUCCCAUUGAUCAUCACACCUAUUAACACAGAGAAAGAUAAAGCAGACAGUGUGGCGGUCUUCAGUGAUCUCAUGCGCUCCAUUGAGAGAUGUCAGUCUGAACUGCUGGAGAUGAUGGAGGAGAAGCAGAAAGCAGCAGAGAAACAUGAUGAAGAUGUCAUUAAAGAUCUGGAGCAGGAGAUCACUGAACUGAAGAAGAGAAACAUUGAGCUGGAGCAGAUCUCACACACUGAAUAUCAUCUACAAGCUGGUAGGUGCACAUCAAAUACACAGUGUGUGUGUUGGUUUGGCUUUAUGUGCUGAUGUUUUAUGUCAUGUGUCUGUACAGUGUUGAAGUGGAUGCAGCAGUAUGCAGUGGAUGUGACUCUGGAUCCUGAUACAGCUCAUCCUAAUCUCAUUCUGUCUGAUGAUGAGAAACAAGUGAGAACUGGAGACAUUAGACAUAAACUCCCAGACAACUCAAAGAGAUUUGAUAGAUAUGUAGAUGUUCUGGGAAAGGAGGGAUUCUCAUCAGGGAAAUGUUAUUAUGAGGUUCAGGUGAAGGGAAAGAGUGACUGGACUUUAGGAGUGGCCAUAGAAUCUGUUGACAGGAUGGGAAAGAUCACACUGAGACCAGUGAAUGGAUUCUGGACUGUGGUCCUGAGGACUGAUUGUGACUAUAGAGGUGCUGCAGGUCCCUCUUUCUCUCUGUCUCUGAGAGUAAAGCCACAGAAGGUGGGUGUGUUUGUGGAUUAUGAGGAGGUUAGUUCCUUUUAUGAUGUAAAGUCCAGAUCUCACAUCUUUUCUUUCAGUGGACAAUAUUUCAUUGAGAAACUCUAUCCAUAUUUUAGCCCAGAACCUAACAAUAAAGAGAGAAACUCAGAGCCGUUGAUCAUCACACCUUUAAACUACACACACAUGUAG